AUGAAGGGCAUGCGAGGGCUGUUGCACACGACCACUGUGGAUGCUGCCAAUGACCAAAAGACAACAUUUGCUGCGAAGUCCAUCGCUGGCCAAAAAAGGAGUUGGUCCAACGAGGCAGACUCCCACUCUCGCCCGUCAGAUUCCCGGGGCACAGUUCUUUUCCAGAGAGCUAUUAGCCUCCCGUCGGCUCCCUCCCGCCUAUCUGCCAGUCGCACCGUGAACCUUCAGCCCGAAGACGGAGUUUCCGAGUAUUCCCAGCGAAGGCUGAUAGCUGCUACUCCGACGGCGUCUAUUGAUCCCGAGUUAGAUCUGGCUCAUCCCACAUACGGACUCCCAAGGCAGUUGGUUGAUAAUUUUGUUUCCCUCGGCAUUAAGCAAAUCUACCCAUGGCAGAAAGCUUGCCUCAAGGGUCCGGGUCUCUUAACCGGAGAGAAGAAUCUUGUAUAUUGUGCUCCCACGGGGGGCGGCAAGUCUCUGGUCGCUGACCUUCUCAUGCUCAAAAGGAUACUGGGGGAGAAGGGUACCAAAGCUCUUCUCGUUCUUCCAUAUGUCGCACUCGUCCAGGAGAAAGUUCGGUGGCUACGAAACGUGGUGAAAGAAUUACGGUAUCCUGACGAUUCAGAUACGGAUGAGAACAAAAGCAUAUGGCGCCGACGUGCAGACGAAGGUUCCGUCCGUGUCGUUGGCUUUUUUGGUGGUGGAAAAGUCAGAGCGACUUGGCAGGAUUUCGACAUCGGUGCUAACGCGCUUGUGAACACUGCCAUCGAUGACUGCUCUGUUCCCCAGCUAAGGGCAGUCGUUCUGGAUGAAUUGCAUAUGAUUGAUGAUGACCACCGCGGAUACCUCUUGGAACUCACAGCGACCAAGUUGCUCAGCUUAGAACAGUCCGUCCAGAUCAUCGGGAUGAGCGCGACACUUCCGAACAUGGAUUUGAUGGCGCAAUGGUUAAACGGACAUUGCUAUGAAACUCGCUACCGACCAGUCCCCAUUGAAGAACAUCUUGUUUACAAUGGCAACGUAUACCCUGCCGGGUCAACGCGUAGCUUGAUUAAGACCGCAGCACAGUUGAAUGGUACUGCCCAGACGCAAGGACGGGCUACUCCUACUCGAAGAAUCGAGCCAUCGUCUCACAAAGAAUUUUAUGAUCCGGUGCUGAAUUCUGUGGUGACUUUAGCACAUGAAACGGCCUCGGCUGGUUAUGGGGCUCUAGUGUUUGCCGGCAGCCGUAGCGUAUGCGAGGCUGAUGCACGCUGGAUCAGUCGAGUAAUGCCCUCACCACAUGAGCUGGACUCUGUGUUGGUCGAUAAGAGAAUGGACUUGCUUGGGGAACUACGGAGCCUCAAUACUGGAAUAGACCCGGUGCUUGAGGAAACCGUGCUCUUUGGUGUUGCAUUUCAUCGUGAAGGGAUCUCAUUGCGGCCGCAUACGACGAUGGAGCCAGCACGGAGAGUGAUUCUCCAUAACUGCCGAAUGGGGAGAGAAUUUGUCGGACCAUCCAUGCUAAGGCAGAUGCGAGGACGAGCUGGGAGACAAGGCAAAGCCCCCGUGGGAGAAAGCUAUCUUUGCUGCCGCGAGAAUGAUCUCGAACAGGUCGUGGAAUUGAUGCACGCUGAGCUACCUAACGUUGCGAGCUGCCUCAAUACGGAGAACCGACGGAUCCAACGUGCCCUUCUAGAGGUGAUAUCGAUUCGCCUGGCGUUGAGUCGGGAGUCAAUUCAUGACUACUUCUCAAAGUCGCUCUUAAGUCAUACUCAUGAUGCAGAGUUUGUUAAUGAAUGCAUCGCAUCGAGCCUAGAAGAGAUAGAGGCAAUGGGCUUCAUUACUCGCGAUUCAUUAAACAUGUUCACAGCUACGCAGUUGGGAAAGGCCAUCGUUGCAUCAGCCAUCGAUCCCGACGACGGUGUGUUCGUGCACAAAGAACUCAGCCGGGCACUUCGGGCUUUCGUCAUGGAUGGUGAAAUGCACAUACUCUAUACCUUUACUCCAGUCCAGGAGUUCGGGAUCACAGUUAAUUGGCAAGUGUUUCGGAACGAAAUGGAGACGCUCGAUGAAAGUGGUCUCCGGGUGUUGAGCCUUCUUGGAAUCAAGCCCACGACAGUCCUGAAGUUGGCCCAAGGCGCUUCCCUCCGAGAAACCACACAGCAGGAAAGGGACAUAGCCCGUGUCUAUCGUCGUUUCUACUUUGCCCUACAGUUGCGCGACCUGUGCAACGAGGUGCCAAUUCACAUCGUAGCACGGAAGUACGAUGUGCCCCGGGGGACUGUGCAGAAUCUGGCCCAAACUUGUCAGGGAUUUGCGGCUGGCAUGAUAAAAUUUUGCGAGCAGAUGGGCUGGGGGAUGAUGGCAGCCGGUCUAGACCAUUUCUCAGACAGACUCGUAGCUGGUGCAAGGACUGAGCUACUGGCCUUGGCCAAGAUCACGUUCAUCAAGAGCCGGACAGCUCGAGUAUUUUGGGAGAACGGGUUCCGAACCAUUGCGACGAUCGCCAACGCUGAUCCAAUGGAACUCCUACCCGUGUUGAUGCAGGCGCAACCAAAUAAACUGCGUCUGAAGGGGAAAGACAACGAAAAGUACGAGGAGAAGCUGAUGGUCAAGGCCAAGGUUAUCUCAGAGUCGGCCAACAAACUAUGGCGAGUCCAAAUGCAGGUGGAACUCGAGGAGGAGUGA